AUGUUUGUGCUAUCCUUUUUGCUGUUCUUCCCGUUUGUUUUGGUUGGCGCCCUGGGGUUGGAGAGAGAUCAGUGUGGUGGAUAUGACGGCGUGCGGAUUUUCUACCGCGACGAUCACUCGCUGGUCCGUGAUCCCGGCCGCUAUGAGAUCAAAAACACUACCAUCACUUGCUUCCAAAGCUUGAAGAGAGAUGCUCUGCAGGCGGCGGUUGAUCCUUCAGUUUGUCCCCCAUCGACGGCAGUGCUAAAUGUGGGGCCGGUGCGCAUAAUUCCGGAUCGCUUGAGCAUGCUUCCAUAUAUGACUAUGAAUAUCACCGUCGACGUUUUUGUUCCGUUUGACUGGCUUUAUGUGCAGAUGGAAUGUCUUCAAGCAUCUGACCAAGAAGACCAGUAUUGCCAUAAUCCGAAUGCCCUGAUGCAUUCUAACGGGCACACCAUCUCCCCAUGUCGCGCUUUGAGCCUUAAAGGAUCCCGACCAAUUUUACCGAUUCGGUUCAACUACGACUGUUUCCGGCUUUAUGGGUUUUCACAAUAUCGGAUCAACGCGACGUUAUACCCGAGUAAUUGCCAGGUUUCGUUGCUAGCGACGGUUCCAUCAAUCGGCGAUAUUUUCCCGGAGGAUGUGAAAAUCAACCAGAUGGAGGAAUGGGCGCCGCUCGUUAUGAUCGACAUAUCCGAAUCGGAUGGCGUUUGGGUCCGCUUUUCGCCGCCUGAAUACUACAUCUGGCAGGAGAUGCAGAUAUCCGUGGCAGAACGCACACUCGACAGCAAGGCCCUGCGUAUUAUCGAGGAUUUCGUGGUCAAAUACCCCGUCAUGGGAAUCAAGUGGAAGGACGCUCCUUUGGGCCAUUACACCGUAUUUGUCUAUGUGCCGCGUCAUGAUUGCCGGCUGAUCUGCGAGGGCCAACAUAAUGUGUGUAAAGUCUGCAUUCACACCCCUAUAAACUUCACACUAUCGGAGCACAAGGCGAGCAUUCCAUGGCGGACGGUUCGAGGCGUCAAGGAUGCUGGGUUUUUCGUGUUGGCGAUCCUACUAGCCGUCGUGCUCAUGGUCGGUGUUGGAGGGUGUGCCGUUUUGGCUUUCCUGCGUCGCAGAGCGUUGAAGAAUCCGCGUAGCUUCGAAUUGACCGAACGUCCGACAGUCUGCAUAAUUUUUGCGGACGAUUGUCAGGAGCACAGUGAUGUCGUCACGCAGCUUGGAGCCUCUAUCCGAAGGCUUGCGAAUGCGAAUGUUUUGAUAGAUCAAGAGCAAUUGGGGCAUACAGGCGACAAACCGACCCGUUGGCUCCUCAACGCACUGACCUCAUCAUCCAGGAUUUUGAUUGUCAUCUCCCCAACGGUUCCAGAACUACUUUCCAGAGCACCUUCCCGUCGGCUCAUCCAACGUCGCCCGAUUCCCGACCUCUUCAGCCAUGCCAUCGACAUGAUUUGCUCGGAUGCUGCGCUACAAGGACGCCGGGACCGUUUCGCGCUCCUCCGCCUGCCUUAUUCGCCACCUACACCGCCUGAACUCAGGCUGUUGGGACUGCCAUCGUUUGAAAUGCCAUCGGAACUCGUUCAACUCACAACGUUUCUUCAUGGUGUCCAAGCUGCCACAGCCAUCCACCCACUGGAUCCGGAAGAACGUUCGCGUGUACAGGCGGCGAUUUCCCGAUUUACCUUGAUGACUGCAAAAAAUCCGCGUUGGAUGGAUGUUCGCUUCACCGCCGAGGUUCCCGACCACGCUAUUGUGGAUAUCGUCGACGUGCCUUUGAAGACCGGCAAUAGCGCGACGCUUGAACCGCGAAAAACUGAUGCGGAACUUGGCUUGCUUGAGCCGGGUGAUGACAGCGAUGAAGAAAAACAGCCGAUGGAAGAUACAUCGGGAUUCGUGAAACCAGCGAGGCCUAAGCGGAGUUGCGCCACAACUCGCAAAUUAUACGAGGAGGUGGCCACGUCUUCGGCAGCUACUGACUCGGAAUACAAUGCCUCCGAGGAUGAGCGCAUGCUGCAAAAGCGCUAUGGGAAGAAGCCUCGCUUAGACUCGUCGACUGACACCGGAAUGAGCGAGCUUGAAGACGAAGGUGGUGGCCGCCCCUCUCGACAUGCCUUGAAGAAGCGUCGCAAGCAGCGUGGAACGGCGGUAGAAUUGCCUCAUGCUUGCUCAAAGUGCCCAAUGCGCUUCCUAUUCCCGAACAAGCUAAAGCUGCACUUUGAAAGCAAACACUCGGACAAGCACGGAUGCACGCGGUGUGGCGACAGAUUUGCGGUCUUCGAAGAGCUGCGUAAGCAUUGGGCAACGGCACAUCGCCGUGUUUACAAAUGCGGCAAAUGUGACUACCAGCACCACACAAAAUCACAGCUGCGCCGUCACGUCCACAAGCAGCACCAGCUGGGUAUCCUAUGCCCGUUUCCUGGGUGCGACGCCGCUAUGUCUGCUUGGCGAAUGGGCCAGCAUAUCAAGAAGGCUCACGCCGAGGUGCAAGGCAAACCCGAACCAGGAACCUCGAAUAUCCCGAGAUGCCCUUCUUGCGAGUAUCAGGAUUCUAAUGCGGAAACGUUGGAGUUGCACGUCGACAGAGCCCAUCGCAGCGGCUUCAUGUGUCCCGUUGAUGGCUGUGACACUCAUCUCUAUCUCUCCGGUUUGACGGCCCAUUUUAACUCGUUUCACCCGAGUGCCCCUUUGGAGGACGGCGACGAGGAGAGAGAUGAGGAGUUCUCAUCACUAUUUCCCGGUGAUAUGUCGCCCCGUCGCGAAGCAUUCACCGAGGAGGAGACUGGAGAUGAGAUGACAACAUCUCCACCGAAAAACAACAAUUCUCUAUCUAAUGGGCUUGCGCUGGAUAGUUACAAAGGACCUCAUGCUUGCGAAUAUUGCCCAAAGACGUUUCCAAGUGCUUAUCGAAAACAGAAACAUUGUGCAGAUGUCCACGACAAGCGUUACGCUAGGCCGUUGCGGCCGAAAGCCUAUGCCUGCUCCCAAUGUGAUCAAGCCUUCACCUCGCCAGGGCGCUUACAAGAUCACUUGAAUACGCAUACAGGUGCCACACCGUUUGGCUGCCCAAAGUGUGAUAGGGCCUUCACCGCACGUGCACAUCUUGCGAAACACUUGAAGAAGUUUCAUCUCACGAGCAUCAAGGAUCUGAAGAGCGUCGAAGAGCUCGGUGCCUCGUUACGGACGAUC